AUGGAGAGUGAGGACGAGGAGGAGGAACCCCAGCAGGAAGACGCUGUGCAAAGAAUCCACACAUGGGAGAGGCGCUAUGAAUGCUGUGAGUAUGGGAAAAUCUUCGCUUAUAAAUCAAGUCUUGUUGAUCAUAAGAGAAUCCACACAGGCGAGAGGCCCUGUGAAUGCUGUGAGUGUGGGGAAAACUUCAUUCGCAGAUCAGGCCUUUUUCUCCAUCAGAGAAUCCACACAAGGAAGAGGCCCUAUGAAUGCCGUGAGUGUGGGGAAAGCUUCACUGAAAGAUCAGCUUUUUAUCAACAUCAGAGAAUCCACACAGGGAAGAGGCCCUAUGAAUGCCGUGAGUGUGGGAAGACCUUCACUUACAAAUCAAACCUUUUUCAUCAUGAGAGUAUCCACACAGGGGAGAGGCCCUAUGAAUGCCGUGAGUGUGGGAAGACCUUCACUUACAAAUCAAACCUUUUUCAUCAUGAGAGAAUCCACACAGGGGAGAGGCCCUAUGAAGGCAAUGAGUGUGGGGAAAGCUUCACUAGCAGCUUAGUCCUUUCUAAAAAUCAGAGAAUCCACACAGGGAAGAGGCCUUAUGAAUGCCGUGAAUGUGGCAAAAGCUUUAUUACCAGCUCAGCCCUUUCUCAACAUCAGAGAAUCCACACAGGGGAGAGGCCCUAUGAAUGCCGUGAGGGUGGAAAAAGCUUUAUUACCAGCACAGCCCUUUCUGAACAUCAGAGAAUCCACACAGGGGAGAGGCCCUUUGAAUGCAGUGAGAGUGGGAAAACCUUCACUUACAAAUCAAAUCUUCUUGUUCAUAAGAGAAUCCACACAGGGGAGAGGCCCUAUGAAUGCCGUGAGUGUGGGAAAAGCUUCACUCACAGCUCAGCCCUUUCUAAACAUCAGAGAAUCCACACAGGGGAGAGGCCCUAUGGAUGCCAUGAGUGUAGGAAAAGCUUCACUCACAGCUCUCACCUUACUGGGCAUCAGAGAAUCCACACAGGAGAGAGGCCCUAUGUAUGCAGUGAGUGUGGGAAAACCUUCAAUCACAGCUCGCACCUUCUUACCCAUCUCAGAAUACACACAGGGGAGAGGCCCUAUAAAUGCAGUCAUUGUGGGAAAAACUUCAUUCACCGCCAGCAGCUUAUUAGCCAUCAGAGAAUGCACACAGGUAUGAGACCCAAUGGAAGCAGUAAGUGUGGGAAAAUCUUGUCUUGCCACUGA